AAAUUACAAGUAUCUAAUACGUCUACAAGUCUCAAAUUUUGUACCUAAUACAUCAUUGAACUUUAAAAGUAUUAAUAUAUUCACAAACUCACAAUUUUCUACCUAACAGACUCUCAAUCUAUUCAACAUUUUAUAAAAUUCACAAAUUUAUUUUAAAUAGAGAUUCAAGCUAAGAUAAUGAAUCUCGUUCGACAGUAAUUAACAUGUACCCAGAGGUGGAAUGUUAGUAAAAAUGCCAAGAUGCAACUCCCAAGAUUUUUAUCAUCACAUCACAAGUGACUCUAAGUCCAAUCAAUUAUUGAAACCCUAAAAUAAAGUAGAGGCCCAAGUUCUCCUGUCGACGCGGGCAAGGUCCGCGAUUUGGGCUUCAUCGCGGGCGAGGUCCAUAGUACGAUUACCAUCAUACCAUCUUCUUCCCAGUCCCACUACAAGUUUACAACUACAACAACAUGUCGACUUACACUACUGAGAUUCAACAAGCCUCUCUUCCAUUUGACACCUUCCUCUCUGCAAAUUCAACAGCUUCCCUUGUUUCAGAGUUCCAACAUUAUAGACGAAGCUCUUCAAGGCAGACAUUUAAUUUAAUGGCCUUCUCCUAAACUCUUCACCUUUUCGCUCCUAGAAAAAGAAACUUCCGUCUCCGAUUGGGAUCGUGAAACGAAGAAAAAGUUGUGGUUGGUUACUGGUUAAUCGUCUGAGUCCUAAUGGGUUUCUCGGUUGAAAAAUAGCUGAUUUCAUCUCAUAAUUUGAGGUGAUGGAUGAUGGAAUCCAUGGCUGAAAACCCUAAAAUUGGUCUCGGAAACCCUCCCAAAAUUCCCCCUGGUUUUUCGCCUCCGUCGCGUCCGCCGGCCCAAUCCCCACGCUUCCCUCUGCAUCUCGACGAGCCUGACGUAUCCCCGGCUGCGAAAACCGUCUGCGAAGUACUGAUCAGAGCCUCGCCGAAGGAUGUAGAAGCGGCGCUCGCCGCGACGGGAGUAGCUCCGUCGCCGGAGCUUGUCCAAGAAGUUCUGAGGCUGUCUUAUAACUAUCCCUCGUCGGCGAUCAAGUUCUUCCGGUGGGCGGGGCAGCUGGCGCAGCAGUCGGCGUACUCGUGGAAUCUGAUGAUUGAUUUGCUGGGAAAGAAUGAAUUGUUUGACCAAAUGUGGAACGCCAUUCGAACGAUGAGGAAAGAAAAGGUCCUUUCAUUGCCAACCUUCGUGUCUGUUUUUGGGAGUUAUUGUUCUGCUGGCAGAUUCAAAGAUGCGAUGAUGAGCUUUGAAGUGAUGGACAGGUACGAAGUUGAGAAGGAUGUUGUGGCAGUGAAUUCUCUAUUGAGUGCAAUUUGCACCGAGGAAAAUCAAACAUCAAAGGCUUGGGAGUUCUUUGAGAAGAACAAAGAGAAGAUUCCUGUGGAUGGGGACUCAUUCGCCAUAUUACUAGAAGGGUGGGAGAAAGAAGGCAAUGUGGAGGAAGCCAAGGUUACAUUUGGUGAAAUGGUGAAAAGGGUCGGUUGGAAUCCUCAAAAUGUUUCAGCUUAUGAUGCAUUUUUGAUAACAUUGGUUCGUGGGGGCCAAUCUGGAGAGGCAAUUGAGUUUCUUCUAGAAAUGAAGAAGAAUGGUUGCUUGCCAGGUUUGAAAUUUCUAUCCAAUGCUCUUGAUAGUCUCAUUAAACAAAAUGAUGCAGACCAUGCGAUUAUAUUGUGGGAUAUAGUUGUGGGAAGUGGAUUAGUUCCUAACCUGAUCAUGUACAAUGCCAUAAUCGGACUGCUUAGCGAGAACGGUAAGAUCGACGACUCGUUUCGUCUCUUGGAUGCCAUGGUCUUCCAUGGUGCUUUUCCUAACUCCUUAACUUACAACCUGAUCUUCAGCUGUUUGAUUAAGACCAAGAAAGUUAGGGAAGCAAGUCAAAUAUUCAGGGAGAUGGUAAAGAAUGAGUGCCCUCCCACCCCUUCUAAUUGUGCUGCUGCUAUCUCAAUGUUCUUUGAUGGUUAUGACCCUGAAACAGCCAUUGAUAUAUGGAACUUCAUGGUUGAGAAUCACAUCAAGCCUAUGGAUGCAAGCGCAAAUGCACUACUCAUCGGCCUCUGCAACUUGGACCGGUUAACAGAGGUCAGGAGUUUCGCCGAUGAUAUGCUUGAUCGACGAAUAGGAAUAUAUGAAUCUACUAUGAAGAUUUUGAAGAAUGGUUUUUAUCAGCAGAGAGGAAGCGUAAGAGAGAAAUAUGAUAGUCUUUUGCGCAGGUGGAGAUCCUCCUAAAUUUUGUAGUAUUACCCUCUCUUCAAUUCCAUUUAUGACCAAUGCUGUAUUAUAUAUUCAUUCUUGGUGUUUUCACGAGAUCAGCAUCAGUGAUCAUUUUGAGGCAAGCAGAAUUUACCUCUUCUACACAAAUCAAAUUAGCUUAACAAUUUCACUUACUUCACUAUGUCAGAAAACAAUUUUACUUCUGUGUAUACUGUUGCUCUAUA